AGUUACGAGUCGAACGUUGCCAUUGAGUGAACUUAAAAGCGGAUAAAAACCAAAACGCAAAACAAAGAAAAACGUCGAAAUACAAAUAAAUACCAAUUAAUUAAAUAAUUAACAAAUCAAAACGAGAAAAGCUACAAAAACAAAAGGUUUACAAAAAAAUUCUCCAAAUUAGAAUUUUAACCGUCAAACAAAUAAAUUUCAAACAAAAGCGGCUAACUAACAAUUUUACAUUUUAUUACGUUUUUAGGAUUCUAAUUCUUAAAAUAAAAUAAAAAAUUUACGAAUCUUUUUAAAUGGUGUUUGUGAGAGUGUGUCGUAGAAAUACAAGUGAAUAAAAUUAAAUAAGAAAAAAAUAAAUUUACUAUUAUACAUAAGAUUAAGUUCUUUAAUAACAAAUUAUUUAAUUAAUAACAAAAUCUAAGAAAUUCUCUUUAAAACUAAAUUUCAACAUAAAAAAAAGAAAUUAUUGCCUAAAAAAGAAAAGAAACAAAAGAUCGUUUAAGAAAAAAUAGAAAGAAAAUAUUUAACAUCCACAAAUCGAACAAGUUCCAUUGCAAGUCUGCUGCUUGUAUGCUAGAAAGACGAACAAGAAGAAGAAAAGAAAAUUGUAUCUCCCUGUCUCUUGGAGCAAGUGUCUACAUUUUUGUUUUUGUUAAACAUUCCCUCCCUGCAAUAUAUCAUUUAACACGAAACUACUGUGGAGUGGAUUUUGCUCAAGUGAUUAAAAUUUGAAAAUAUAUAAAAAUAAGUUGCACUCACGCACAGUGAAUGUAACAGAAUGUGCUCGUGAAAUGCCAAACUGUGAGGCACUGCAUCUGCGUAAAUUUCCAGCAAGAAACGUAAUUACCAGUAAAAACACGCACUAAUUGUUCAAAUUUAAAAAUAAGUGAGAAAACUGUUACUGUUGCUUAUUAUUAUUUUUUUUUUUUUUUUUUUUGGCAAGAUACGAGCAUUCAACUUAAAAUAUAAUAAAAAAAAUAAAAAAUUAGAAAUUAUUCACCUUUAAGUGAAAAUUAAUUGAACGUUGAAAAAAACACACAGAAAAAAAAGAAAAUUCAUACGUGAGUUGGAAACUUUGCCAAUUAAUUAAAAAAUAGCAAAACGAUUUUCUACUUCAACAAACAAACAACAAAAAUCACUUGACUAAAUGCUUAAAAUAAAAAUAAAAACAAAUUAACUUAUUUAAAUAACAAAUUAUAACCAAAGUCCAAAGGAAAACAAUAAAAAUAACUUAAAUUUUCUUUAACAGCAACAUGUUCAUUAAUUCAUGUGGCAUGCAACCGUUUAAAUGUUUUUCAAAAAUAUAGCAAAAGUACUUCAGCCAUCAGCAGCAGCACCUUACCAAACGAAUCAAUCACAAAAAAUCCAAGAAAAAGUUUAGUGAAAUUUAUAUUCCAAAAAAAAAUAAAAUAAAUCAAUCGCCAAGUAAAAUUCAAUUUGUUAUUAGUGUAAAAAAUUAAAUAAAUUAUUUUUUUAUUAUUAGUUAAAAAAAAGUCAAAAUGUAUCGUCCAAAUUUCUAUGAAUCUACAUGUUUGCGUUGUAGUGAGACUGUUUAUCAGGUGGAUCGUGUGGGCCCGUUAAAGGAUUUUACAUUUUUUCAUUCGGGUUGUUUUAAAUGUGUACACUGCGGCACAAAAUUAACUCUCAAAACAUACUACAAUAAUCAACAUAAACAGGAUGAUAAGGAGGUUUACUGCCAUUCACAUGUACCAAAGAGUGGACCUGGUCAUUUGGAUAAUACAUCUGUGGGUAUAAGACAAGCUUUAAAUGCGCCACGUACAAAUAAAUUUGUUAAUGAACAAAUACGUGGUGCACGUUCUGAAGUUGAUGGUCUUUAUAUACUUAAAGGAAGUUUCGGUUCAAGACAAUCAACACCAAAUGGUUAUGGCAGUCGCGAGGUGAGCUCACCAUCACAGAAUGAUUCCGAUUACAAAUAUGGACGUUUCGAUGCUAGUGCGCUACAUAUUGCACAUGCUCUUAAACAGACUGAAAUACAAAAGGCCUAUAAUAAGGCGAGAGAAAAACCAAUUGAUUUCUAUUUGGCUCGAGAGGAACAGGCUCGACUCGAAAUGAAACAUCGCAAAGAGGAGGAUGAACUAUAUCGUAAAUUUGCACGUAAACGUGAAGAGGAAGAUCGUAAAAUCCAAUCGGAAUUCCAAACAGAAUGGGAACGUGAAUUACAGAGAUUGGCGCAUAAAUUCGAAAAGGAAUUGGCCACCUCAAGACGUAAUCGUGAGGAACAAAAUAUUCUUACGCUGCGGCAUGAACAACAGAAAGAGGACUUGGAAAAGAAUAUGACCCUGAGACGAAGCAAAAAGAAGGAGAGUAUAACACGUAAAAUGUUGGAACAUGAACGUUAUGAAACUGCGGCUCUAGUCGAUCGUCAGUCUAGUGAAAUGUUAGAAUUGAUAAGUGCUCGUCGUUCGGAGUAUAUGCAGAACGAAAGCAUUUUCCUGGAUGACGAGUUCAGUGAAGGUGUUACCCCUAUGGAGUAUCCCAUGUUAGCACCUCUGCCUGCACCGCCAGCUGUUAGUAAAUUCCAAAUUUAUACCGAUCCCAUAGAAUUUGAAGAUGUGGAUCGUAUAGCCAUUUCCGUAGCCCAGGAAGAUCAAAAGACCUUUACCGAUCUAGUGCGUCAAUUGGUGGGACGUUGUACCACCGACAUAGAAAAGGCCCGUACAAUAUUCCGUUGGAUAACUGUGAAAAAUUUAAAUGCCAUGCAUUUCGAUGAUGAUUUACGCGGUGAUACACCCAUGGGUCUAUUGCGUGGCAUUAAAUAUGGCACCGAAAGUUAUCAUGUAUUGUUUAAACGUCUCUGCAGUUAUGCCGGUUUGCACUGUGUGGUCAUAAAAGGUUAUUCUAAGAGUGCCGGUUAUCAGCCAGGUGUUAAAUUCCAAGAUUCACGUUUCCGUAAUUCUUGGAAUGCCGUUUAUGUAGCUGGUGCCUGGCGUUUUGUUCAGUGUAAUUGGGGUGCCCGUCAUCUGGUCAAUGCUAAGGAGGCCCCAAAAACGGGUAGAGGCAAAAAUGAUAGUCUAAGAUAUGAAUAUGAUGAUCAUUAUUUCUUAACGGAUCCUCGGGAAUUUAUUUACGAAUUCUUCCCCCUCCAAGAAGAAUGGCAACUACUUAAGAGACCUAUUACGCUGAGAGAAUUCGAAAAUCUACCUUUUGUUCGUUCUUUAUUCUUCCGUUACGGUUUGCAUUUCGCCGACGAAGGUUACGGAGCAGUGGUGUUUACUGAUGAUACCGGAGCUGCUACUGUGCGCAUUGCAAUGCCCACGGAUAUGCAAAGUUGUCUGAUUUUCCAUUAUAAUCUGAAAUUCUAUGACAGUGAUGAGGACUCUUACGAUGCCGUUUCACUCAAACGUUUUGUCAUGCAAUCGGUAAUUGGCAAUAUUGUAGCCUUUAGGGUACAUGCACCCUGUUCGGGUGCAUUUCUGCUAGAUAUUUUUGCCAAUGCCGUUACGCCUCAGGAGUAUUUGACGGGUGAACCAAUGAAGUUUAAAUCUGUUUGCAAAUUUAAGAUAUGUUGUGAGGAAUUGCAAACAGUUAUGGUACCAUUACCCGACUGUGCCAGCGGUGAAUGGGGUCCCACCAAAGCUACAAGACUUUUUGGUUUAAUACCAAUAACACAUCAGGAUCCUCUAAUAUUUGCUGGUCGCAGUUUAGACUUACAAUUUCGUAUGUCUCGUCCAUUAACCGAUUUUAUGGCAACACUUCAUAAAAACGGCAUUGAAGAGAAAAAACUUUCCAAAUAUGUUACACAUAAUAUAUUGGAUGAUAUUGUUACGUUUAUUAUUAAUUUCCCCGAAGAAGGACAAUAUGGUUUGGAUAUAUACACACGUGAAUUGGGUGCACCACCGCAUCAUAGUCAUCAUCAUAAUAACUCCUCAUCAUCAUCUAGUGAAAAACAUUUGCUGACACAUUGUUGUAAAUAUUUAAUUAAUUCAUCGAAACGUAAUUAAUACAAUGUGUUGUCGUGCGUGGACAGACCAUGGAUGUAAAGAGAGAUAGAGAGAGAGAGAGAGAGAGAGGAAGAAAUAAUUAGUUGUUUUUAUAUUUUGUUUAAAUUCAAAUUUAAUUGCUGUUUUUUAUUAUUUUAAAUAUUAUUAUGAUAUAUUUUUUGAUAUGAGCGACAAAAUCAAAGGCACUUAACAAAUAUGUAAUGUGAACAGUGAUGAUUUUAAAAAGAGCAGUUUUGUUAAAAUUUUUGAUGUAAAAUUAACAAUUUUAGAUUUUGUUUAUGAGGUUUACUUUUGAAUCGAUUUAUUUUGAAAUUAAGGAACAAAUAUUGCAAAUUUGUUUGCUUUGUUUUGCUCUUCACCGUGUGUUAAAUUAUUAAUUUGUGUAACAGUAAAGUGCAUUGUUACUUUUUUCGUUUAAAUUAUUUAUAUACAGAAAUAAAUAAAUAAAUAAACAAUUUUUAUAUACAUCCAGACUUAUGUACUAUAAAUGCUUGUUAAUUAUAUGCAGAAAAAAAUUAUAAAAAAUUUAAACCUUUACAGUAUGAUACAAAAGUAAAACAUUACUUCAGAACUAUAACAACAUCUUCACUUGUAGGGAAAUAAUGAUCAGUCGCUUAUUGUGUUAAAAAAGAUUGAAUUCUUUGAUAAGAAUCAAACCCACGCUAGUUCUGUUUUACUUUUGUCACAUACUGUAUGCAUUAAAACUGUAAAACAGUACAUUCCAAACAUGUUUUAUUGUGUUAUGUUGUAAAUUAAAAUAAAAUUAAUAUAAUAGUUAAUAUUUUUUUAUAUAAAUUUAUAUUCAUUUAAUAAUAAACAUAAUUUUAUAUUGUAUAAUGAUUUAUUAUUUGUUAAUUUAAUAAUUUAAUAUUCACAAAAAACAAAAAAAAAAUAAUCAAGUAUUUAAAGAAAAAUACCUAGAUCACUUGGUGCUAUAGAUGGCAAAAAUAUU